AUGUGCUCUUGUGAGAGGGACAUCGUCACGCCAUGGUGCAAGAUGUGCAAGACGAUGAACCGGAGCGAAAAUUUGAUGAAUCGACCGCACUGCUACAGGUGCUACAGCAAGAUUAACCCCGUUGGGGUUAAGAACUAUCGCGUUCGAGAGCAAGCCUUCAUGGAUGAGCUGUCGGCGUUUCAUCCGGUCAUGCAGCUAAACAAGACCAUCCCGGGUGGACAUGCGGCUUAUAACUCGACUGGAGAGGUCAAACGAAAUGAGGACACUCUCAAGGAUAUCAAGUGCAAAUCGGUAGUUUUUGUUCGACUCAACCCGGACAAGUGCACGCCCAACAACGGUAAGGUCUGGCAUUCCGUGUUCACGUUUGCCCAAGACAGAAUAAAGACCGACGCAGACGAAUUUCAGCGUCGUUUCAAGGUGCUGGUGGCGGCAGUGGAGCGUGCAGUAAAGACGACACCCAAAGCGGUUGAAAAAGCGUUUAUCACGAUGGAAGAGCUGUUUCUCAACGGCUUCGCAGGUCUCAAGUAA